AUGAGCUCGCGGCAAAUCAGUGUCGCCACUGGGGCCUCCUCCAUGUCCGUCCUGCGCGAGUCAUACGUCUCCACCUUCCUCUGCACUCUCAUCGUGGCCCUUGGCCCCAUCCAACUUGGCUUCACUAGCAGCUUCUCCUCCCCAAUGCAGGACGCAGUCAUUCGAGACCUCAAUCUCUCCAUCUCCAAGUUCUCGGUGUUCGGAUUGUUGUCCAACGUCGGCGCCAUGGUUGCAACGUGUAGUGGGCAGAUGGCCGAGUACAUUGGCCACAAAGGGUCAUUGAUGAUUGCUACGAUACCGAACAUCAUUGGUUUGCUUGCGAUCUCCUUUGCAAAAGACUCCUCAUUUUUAUAUAUGGGACGAUUGCUUGAAGGAUUUGGUGUUGGUAUCAUAUCAUAUACGGAACCAGUAUAUAUAGUAGAGAUAUCUCCUCAGAACAUGAGAAGAGGAGCUCUUGGUUCUGUGAACCAGUUAUCUAUAACCCUUGGUAUAUUGGUGGCCUAUUUGCUCGGCAUGUUUGUCCCUUGGAGGCUUCUUGCAGUGAUAGCCUUGCCCUGCACAGUGUUGAUACCUGGCUUAUUCUUCAUUCCAGAAUCUCCAAGAUGGCUGGUAAAUAUGAAUUUGAUGGACAAUUGUGAAACAUCUUUGCAAGUUCUGAGGGGAUUUGAGAUUGACAUCACUGUAGAGAUGAAUGAUAUAAAGAGAGAAGUGACAUCAAUGACUAAAACGACUACAAUCCGUUUUCAAGAGCUAAACAAAAAGAAAUACCGCACGCCCCUAAUUGUAGGAAUUGACCUACUUGUUCUGCAAAAUCUAAGUGGAAUCAACGUUGUGUUGUUUUAUGCAAGUAGCAUCUUCAAAGCUGCAGGCCAAUUGAAGAGAUUGUUCAUCUUCGUCAACCCUUUCGGCGGCAGGAAAUGCGCGAAGAAGAUCUACGAGACGGAAAUCAGGCCUCUGUUUGAUGCUGCCGGUAUCAGCGUCGCAAUGCAAGGUUCAUCACACAAAUGUGCAUUGUUCUCCAUGAUUUCUCAGUGA